GUUUUAUUUUGAUAAUUGUUGCAGGGGAUUUGCAGAAAUGUCAAGACUGAAGAAAAUCAACUUCAAAAGAAGGGGGGAACUAGAGCAGCUCUUUUUGUCUAUGUUGUGGCGGGGAUUGAUACCAUGGCUUUUAUUUCAAAGGGUGUGAGCCUGGUGACUUACUUCUCCGGGUAUAUGAACUUCAGCUUAACAAAAUCUGCCAACACUGUGACAAACUUCAUGGGAACAGCGUUUUUGCUCUCAUUAUUUGGAGCUUUUCUCUCAGAUACUUACUUCUCCAGAUUCAAGACUUGUGUUCUAUUUAGCAUCAUUCAAGUUUUGGGAUAUGCACUACUAGGAGUUCAAGCACAUUUCAGCCAACUGAGACCAUUUCCCUGCAAGGAUGUACCUUUAAGCCAAAACGAUCGAUGUGAAUCUGCAGAUGCAGGUCAAUUGGCAAUCUUGUAUGGAGGUGUUUAUCUGAUAGCACUUGGAAACAGUGGAGUAAAAGCGGCUUUGCCAUCAUUGGGUGCUGAUCAAUUUGAUGAAAAGGAUCCCAAAGGGGCUGCUAAGCUAUCAAGUUACUUCAAUUGGCUGCUGUUCUUCAUCACCAUUGGAGCCAUGCUUGGAGUUACAUUGUUUGUUUGGAUAGGUGACAAUCAGGGAUGGGAUUGGUCAUUUGGUAUCUCCUCUGUAGCAGUUGGUGUGUCAAUCCUACUCUUGACCAUGGGAAAACAGUUCUACAGAUACAAUGUUCCUAAAGGAAGCCCUCUGAUGCGCAUUUCGCAGGUUCUUGUUGCAGCUUUCAGAAAUAGAAAUCUCCCACUACCACAAAACAAAGAAGAUUUACAUCAGAUCAGAAGUGGAGAGGCUAAAAAUGGAAUAGAGAUUAUUCAAAGGACUGAUCAAUUCAAAUGCUUGGACAGGGCAGCCAUACCAAGGAACAACCACGAAGCAUCCACAUCAAGUGCUCAUGGACCAUGGAGCCUUUGUACUAUCUCACAAGUUGAAGAAACAAAGAUUGUAGUCAGAAUGCUACCAAUUAUACUGAGCACCGUCUUCAUGAACACUUGUAUGGCUCAACUCCAGACCUUCACUAUCCAACAAAGCAUGACAAUGAACAGGAAAAUCGGAAACUUUGAAAUCCCAGCGGCUUCCAUACCUGUAAUUCCUCAAAUAUUCCAACUCAUCAUGAUCCCAGUCUAUGAUCGUAUCUUUGUUCCGAUAGCAAGAAAAUUCACAGGGAUCCCUUCUGGGAUUCGACAACUGCAACGUAUAGGUGUUGGGCUAAUACUUUCAAUAGUAUCUAUGGCAGUGUCUGCAGUUGUAGAAAGUCGCCGGAAAUCAGUUGCCAUUGAGCAUAACAUGGUUGACUCAGCCAGUCAAUUACCUAUGAGUGUGUUCUGGCUUGGAUUUCAAUUUGUAAUAUUUGCAACAGCUGAAAUACUUACAUUGGUAGGGCUGUUGAAUUUCUUCUAUGCAGAGAGCACAUCAGGCAUGAAAUCACUGAGUAUGGCCAUUACUUGGUGUUCACUGGCAUUCGGGUACUUCACAAGCUCAGUAGCGGUGAGUGUAAUCAACAAGGUGAGUGGUGGCUGGUUAGCUAAUAACAACUUGAACAGAGACAAGCUCGACUACUUCUACUGGUUGCUCGCAGCAGUCAGUGUGCUGAACUUUGGCUUCUACUUACUCUGUUCUUCUUGGUACAAGUAUAAGAAGCCAGAACUGAACCAAGAAGGUCCUAUCUCUGAUGAGAAGCCUAAGGGAAAAACUGAAAUGUGUGUUGUUUAGAAUAUAUGA